GGGUUGGGGUUCCCUCCCCGCCUGCCGCCGCCCGGGAGCGCCCGAGCCAGGACGCCCGGCGCGCCAGCCGCCCUUUCUUGGCGCCGAGGGAGGCCGGCAGGGCAGGGCCGCCGCCGCCGGCACAGGAGGAGGGGCCGCCAGGCCGGCCGGGCGCGCGCGGCAGCGGGCCGCCCUUCUCCUCCCCGCUCCUCGCGCGCCGCGGGCGGGAAGCCCCGCCGCCCGGCCCCCAGCCAUGUCGGCCGAGGAGAUGGUGCAGAUCCGCCUGGAGGACCGCUGCUACCCGGUGAGCAAGAGAAAGCUCAUCGAGCAGAGCGACUACUUCCGCGCGCUCUACCGCUCCGGCAUGCGCGAGGCCCGGGGCCAGGAGGCCGGCGGCCCGGAGGUGCAGCAGCUGCGCGGCCUCAGCGCGCCGGGCCUGCGGCUGGUGCUGGACUUCAUCAACACCGGCGGGGCCCGGGAAGGCUGGCUCUUGGGCCCGCGGGGGGACAAGGGCGGGGCCGUGGAGGAGGAGGAGGAGAUGGACGAGGGGAGCCUGCUGUCCGAGCUCGUGGAAGCGGCCUCCUUCCUGCAGGUCACGUCCCUGUUGCAGCUGCUGCUGUCCCAAGUGCGGCUCAACAACUGCCUGGAGAUGUACCGCCUGGCGCAGGUGUACGGGCUGCCCGACCUGCAGGAGGCCUGCCUGCGCUUCAUGGUGGUGCACUUCCACGAGGUGCUGUGCAAGCCCCAGUUCCACCUCCUGGGGUCUCCUCCCCAAGCCCCCGGGGACGUCAGCCUGAAGCAGAGACUGCGGGAGGGCCGGAUGACUGGGACCCCUGUCCUGGUGGCACUGGGGGACUUCCUGGGAGGACCCCUGGCCCCGCACCCCUACCAGGGGGAGCCCCCGUCCAUGCUCAGGUACGAGGAGAUGACUGAGCGUUGGUUCCCGCUGGCCAACAACCUUCCUCCCGACCUGGUGAACGUCAGGGGUUAUGGGUCCGCCAUCCUGGACAACUACCUCUUCAUAGUGGGCGGGUACAGGAUCACUAGCCAGGAGAUCUCUGCUGCGCAUUCCUACAACCCCAGCACCAAUGAGUGGCUGCAGGUGGCCUCCAUGAACCAGAAGAGGUCUAACUUCAAACUUGUGGCUGUUAAUUCAAAGCUCUAUGCCAUCGGCGGGCAGGCCGUUUCUAACGUCGAGUGUUACAGUCCCGAGCAGGACGCGUGGAAUUUUGUGGCGCCCCUACCAAACCCUCUGGCCGAGUUCUCUGCGUGUGAGUGCAAGGGGAAAGUUUAUGUCAUUGGAGGAUACACUACCAGAGACCGGAACAUGAACAUUUUGCAGUACUGCCCCUCUUCUGACAUCUGGACGCUCUUUGAAACUUGCGACGUUCACAUUCGCAAGCAACAGAUGGUGUCUGUGGAGGAGACCAUCUACAUCGUUGGGGGGUGUCUCCACGAACCGGGGCCCAACCGGCGGAGCAGCCAGAGCGAGGACACGCUCACCGUGCAGUCCUACAACACCAUCACCCGGCAGUGGCUCUACCUCAAGGAGAACACGUCCAAAUCGGGCCUUAACCUGACUUGCGCGCUCCACAACGACGGCAUCUACAUCAUGAGCAGAGACGUCACCCUGUCCACCAGCCUGGAGCAUCGCGUGUUCCUCAAGUACAACAUCUUUGCGGAUAGCUGGGAAGCAUUCAGGCGUUUCCCGGCCUUUGGACAUAACUUGCUGGUUUCUUCUCUUUAUCUGCCCAAUAAAACAGAAACAUGACUGGAGUGACUUAGUAUUUAAAAGAAACCUGGUUUGAGACAAAAACAACAAAAAAACCACAAAAGCGUGAUGUCCCAUUUCAAGGGAGACUGAUUUCUAAAGGGAAAAUAUGGGUUAAAGUACGUCACCUUACAUGCAGUGGUAGCUGUAAAUAAGCUUACUUGAACGAAUUACUUGAAACCUUGUGGACAAAAGAGACCAGCUUUGUUAUUUUUUAAAUUAUGGGAGCAAAUCCAUGAUGAUGUUUCUUCCAGACAUGACACCCUUGGGCCAAUGACUAAAACGGAUCAUCAAAAAGUAGAUUUAUUUUGUCUGCUUGGUAAAGGGCCAAAGUCAACAAUUAGAAUGAAUGGUAAAGAUGAUUUUAAAACCUGUUUUCUUUAGGUCCCUUGAAAUAUCAUUAGCACCUUCAGAGAGAGAUUUUCUUUUUUCUUAUCAGUUUACUUGACAAAAAUGACGUUGUCAUUCUCCCUCCUUUCUCUCAGCAUAUAGAAGUACGUAUUUCUGUACAUACUUCCAGCAUAUUUAAAAUAGGGUUCUAUGUUCAGAUAUUUUAUUUGCACACGACUUUUCAGGAAACUUACAGCAAUGGAAGCCUACAGUGAAUCCUUGCAGGAUUCACUUAUCCCAAAAACUUGCAUAAAAACAUUAUCAGCUAUUCUUCCAGUCUUUUUUUGUGAUUACAAAUGCUGGUUGAAUAGACUGAUAUAACUUCUUGUUUAUGUGGCAGAUUACAUAUUUAUGAGGUCACAUAAGUUGCAUUGCUAAAGCCUUCUGUAUAAAAGAGAGCAUUUGUGUAAAAGGAUGGAUGUGUGUAUAUUUUUAAAACUUAAGUCUUAAAAUUUAAAUGGAAAGGGAAAGAAAUACCAAAUAAGAAAACAAAAUCGCCUUUAAGAGUUACUUUUAUUGAAUGUAUUUGACUUAGUUCUUAUUUAAGACUGAAAAAAAAAACAACUUUAUCAUAUUUAAGUCAGGCAGUUUUCUAAUUUAAUCUUAGCUUUGUAAUUCAUGUUUUGCUUUUGUGGGCUAAGGUGAGGACAGCUGUAAAAAACAUUUGUGCUGGAGAGAAGAAGAAGCUCUAACAGAAGUAGAGUGGCCUCUGGUAGUAUUUGUGGAGUUAGGUAAAGCGCUUUGCUUCCUUGGUUAUUAAAUAGAACUCAGCUCAUGCAGUCAUUUGCUUUCACUAAGUCAAUUAACAAAGCUUCUGCCAAUCUUAGACCAGCAUCCCCUAAAAAUGUUUGUACUCAUGCUUAUGGCAAUUUUAUUUUGAUUGGAAAACACUUUCUGAAACUAUCUGAUAUUUUGUAAUGGAAUCAGUUGAAACUGUGAGCUGGAUUCCAUCUUUCUGCACGAACAGCAGGCAGAACCAUGUGAGUUACGGCGUGCCUCGCUAAGAAAGUCCCGUAGAAAAACAACAAUGUGUAGCGGAUUCAUGCCUUCUGCAAACAUUAACUGAGUGCCUGCAGUAUGCCAUUCACUGUGCAGUUGUAGGACUGGGGAGCUAAUCACAGAACAGAGUUCUCAGUUUGUUAGAGGAGUCACUACAGGGUUUCUUUGCUACUAUAGCCUCUAGUAUAUUUAAAAUAAAGGUUUAGUUAUAAAAAUCCUAUUUGCAUAACUUUGCAGGUAUAUUUUGUAUUCGGUAAAAUGAGGUAAGCCUUUAUUUGGACAUAGAAACAGAUCUUUGUAUCUUGUCACCAAAUAACCUCACCAGUAGUCAACUUAUAACACUUUUUAAGGGUUUCUAAUCUGUGCCCAUUUAUUCCCAAAUAUUAUGGUUUUUUUUUAAAAAAAA